AUGGAUUCGGAGCCGCUCCACAUCCUGCUCGAGAGGGCUUCGUCGCCCAGUGAAAGGGAUGCCGAGAACCGGGGGCCUAGCUUGGUGGUUACAGGGGUUCUUUUGUUGACGAUUGCGGUAUUGGUGCUAAGUGGGAGGGUUUAUUGUCGAGCGGUGUUGGUACGGAGGAUGGGGCCUGAUGACUGGUGCAUGAUAUUUGCUACGAUAAUGGCGACGCCUAUCGUGGUGCUGAAUUGUAUUAGUGUCGCAGGAGGCGUUGGCCGCCACACAUGGACCAUCGAGCGCUCUGGGGAGCAGCAAGCCAUCAGGCUUGGUUGGAUCUCAAUGCUCCACUACUUCCUCGCCCUAGGCCUCACAAAAUGCUCGCUGCUUCUGUUCCUCAUCCGACUCGGCCCAGGAACGCCCCUCUGCUAUACCUCAUGGGGUAUCCUCGUCUUUGUCACAUUGUACACGCUUAUCGCCUUUGUGCUCUCCGCCAUUCAGUGCAUACCAGCAUCGUACAUGUGGGGUGCAGCUGCGGCGGGAAAAUGUCUUGACAGGAAGACCAUGGGUCUGGUGCUGUACUCGAUCAGUAUCGCAACGGAUUUUGCUAUUUGGGUGGUGCCGCUCAGGACAGUGUGGAGGAUCAGGAUGCCGACGCAGCAGAAGAUGGCGCUUAUUGGUGUCUUUUCGUUGGGCAGCUUGAGUGUGUUGGCGGGCUGUUUGAGGUUGAGGAGUGUGAAAAGGUCGUUUACGACGAAGGAUCCGAUGUAUGAUAAUACAGAUCUGGGGAUAUGGUCGUUAGUCGAAGUACUGAUAGGAAUCAUAUGUGGCUCCGCGCCGGCGGUCAAGCCCCUGUUCUCAAAGUUCCUCCCGGGCUUCUUGGGAAACUCCGAGAUGACUCCGCCAGCGAUAGACAACGUCGUCAACGGACAUAGAAUGCAUGGGCGGCGGUCAUGGGGGGGUACGGCGUAUGCGUUGGGGUCGGUGGGGGGUGGGACAGAGGGCGCGUCGACGGAGGGGUUUAGAGGGGCGGGGGAGACGGAGCGUGUGGAGGUUGAGGUUGAGCUGGAGGUGGAUCUGGGUGUUGCGGGGAAGAACUUGCAGGUGGAGCUGAUGGAGAGGGUGUAG